AUGAGCGUCACGGCUAUCAGCGACGACCGAUUUGCAGUCAUCAGGAAGAACACAUCUCAAGAUACCGAAAGCUUCGGCUUUGCGAUGCUGACCAGCACCUUGAUCGGUAUCAGCAGCUGUGUGGCCUUCUACUUCUUGCGGCAGCGGUAUCCGAUGGUCUACGAGGGCAGCACCUCGUCAAAGGGCGAGCUGCGGGCUCAAGCUUUCGGCUUCUUCGGGUGGCUUCGAACCAGUGUCUCCUACAGGUUUGACGACGUCAUUGAUGACGUUGGAAUGGACCAAAUCAUGCUGCUGGAGUUUACCCAUCUCAGCAUGAAGGUGAUGUUUGGCAUCGGCAUUCCGGCUCUGAUGGUGCUGGCGCCCCUGCACGCGCGCUCCGGCGGCGCGAACGACGACCUCAGCCGGAUCGGUUUGAGCAAUCUUGAUGCAGAGACCUGGAUACUUUGGGUCCAUGCCGCGUUCGUGUGGUAUGUGGUGCUGCUUGUGCUUUGCCUGGUGUACCGCGUGCAGCAUCGAAAGUUCCGGCCCAGACGGAGUCGCUGGCUCUCCAAUAUGCCAGAGGCAAGAGCCACCACACGGCUGGUGGAAGGCAUCCCCGAGCAACUCCGCACCGACGCUGCCAUGGCCAGGUUCUUCGAUCAGAUCUUCGGGCAGCCUGUGGUCGAGGACGUCGUCUUCGUGCGGGACACGUCCUCGCUGCUGCCGCUCAUCGAGGCGCGAGACAUGCUGUCGGAAGAGCUGGCGCAGGUUGGUUUGCAAUGUGCUGCCUCACACGAAGCUCGCGAGGCACCAUCGCCUCGACGACUGCAGACCUUGGAGAGGCGAUACAACCGGGCGUCGGCUGCAGCGGAGGAGAUGGCCACCAGAGUGUACAGUUGCCAGUCCUUCGCGAGCGAUGCGGCUUUUGUAACCUUCCGCGAUCGCCGCCAUGCCGAGUUUGCGAGGGGUCUGCGAUACAGUGAAAGUCGCGGCCACUUCGCGGUCUCCUUGGCCCCGGAGCCUUUCGAUGUGCACUUCGCCUCAUUCACUCGUUCGUCGGCCAGUGUAGAAAAAGGCAGUGCGCUCGUUGGGCGCUUGCUAGUGGCUUGCGUGUUUUUCUUUUUCCUGCCGGUCGUGAUUGGCAUUUCGUCCUUGCUGAGCGUGGAUUCCCUGACACACCUGGUGCCGAAGCUCGAGGUGUGGUCCAGGGAGUACCAGUACAUUACCACAGCAUGGGAAGCUCUGUUGGGCACAAGCCUCCUCUCCAUGCUGAUGGACCUUGUGCCCUGGGUGCUCUCGGAGGUGUUUUCAAGGUUUUAUCGCCUACGGUCUGGUUCAAAAGGCCAGCACAAGAUCCAGCGGUGGUACUUCUUCUUCCUCGUGGUGUUCGUCCUGCUCGUCACAGCCGUUGGCACCUCACUCUUCGAAGCGGCAGCGCGCUUGGCACAAGAACCGCUGAAGGUCUGGUAUUUGCUUGCAGACCAGCUUCCCGACUCCACGAAUUUCUACCUCCGGUAUGCCGUUCUUCUGUGGAGCACUCCCUUCUUUGACCUUGUUCGCUGCUUUCCACUACUUUAUUUCUGGAAGGCCUUGCAGGCGGGUGAGCCUCCGGAAAUUGCCAAAGAGCUUUCCGAGCCAGAGGACCAAACGUUUCACGGCGUCGGCGCGCGGAGUGCGCGCUGGUCGCUGCACAUGGUGCUGGGUCUGACCCUAUGCAGCUUGCAGCCAUUCAUUCCUGUGAUUCUGGCGGUUGGCUUUGCCUUCCGCCGACUGGUGUUCGGGUACCUGAUUGUCUUCGUGGAGACAAAGAAGUCCGACUCUGGGGGCCAGCUUUGGAGAGCCCAAAUGCAGCACACCCAGAUGGGACUGGUCAUCUACAUCCUCGUGAUGACCCUGAUCCUCUUGGAUCGAGAAGAGUCCAUGGUGGCUGCCAUCUUCGCCGGUAGCAGCGGCUCCCUCGUGGCACUGUACUGGUAUUGGUGGCCAUCGCUGCUUGAUCUAACUUCCCUGCCCGUGCAACAGGCUGAGUUGAAGCCGACUUGCCUGGGACACGGCGAGGACGAGGCAGCAGGGCCCGAGGCUGAACAGAGCUUCUCACCUUACCUUCAACCGGAGCUGCGCGUGACGCUCCCGGUGACAGCUUUGAUUCGGCAGGACUCAACCAUAUGGGACGAGUCGGACAACUUUGAAGCAGCUGCGGAUGCUGGAAGUGCCCAACCUCCAGGUGCUGUCGUCGAUCGGGGGCAUCUGGCCAACAUGCUCUAUGCCGGUUUUCGGCUGAGCAUUUAUUGUUGUACGUGGAAUGUAGUUGUUAUCAAGAGCGCGAUUGACACCUUGACUGAGGGCUCUCAGGAACUUUACUUUCGGAUUCUGAAUUUCCUGGCGGGGGGGGGUGGUGGGCCAUGGGGGUGCCGGCGGGACUGCUUGCGGCUCGACUUUGCCGGGGACUGCUUGUCGAAGAUCGACGCGGUAAAGUCUGCGAUUCCCGGGGCGCACAAUCUCAUGACGGCUCUGCUGUUGUUCUUCGCAGUGAAUCUGCUGGUGGCGGCAGUGCCGGAAAGCGUGCACUUCGAGCUGCCAGAGAAUCUGAAGGUCCUGGACCCGGAUCAUAAUGGUAUCCUCACGGGCACGGAGAUGGGGAUCGUGGUUCGGACAUUGUCGAUCAAGCUGCUGCGAGUGCUAUGUUACUUAGAGACCGGCCUUUUCGCUUUGAUGGCUAUUGCGAAGCCGAAAUCGCACGAGGCGACUAACAACGAUGUUAUAGACCAAUAUUGGAGGAGUGUUGAUCGUAAAGUGAUGAAGCCCGUGAUAAUCAGCAUUCUCCUGCAUGCCGUGAUCCUCCUGUACACGGCUUCUGGAGUUCUGCGGACGCUGGGCUUAGCCCCGAGGAGCAUCCUGGCACUGGGCGGGGUGAGCGGCCUUGCCUUCGGCCUCGCCGCACAAAAUCUGGUUGGAAACUUCAUGUCAGGCCUUCUGCUGGUUUUGAACCGCCAAUUCACCGUGGGCGAUUUCAUCGAGACCAAUGGUAUCCAAGGCAAGGUUCUCGCGAUGGGCUGGACGUUCAUUGAGAUCCAGCGGGGGGAGGAUCUGGUCAUGCUGCCCAACUCAGAGGUCGUCGGGACAACGGUGGUCCAAAUCGGACGCUUCUCUAGCGCUGGAGGAGACGCUUCUUCCGAGUCAACAAAGGCUUGA